AUGAAGGCCACGCUGCCGCGUACCGCCGCGUUCAGCUGGUCGCCCUCUUCCCUCCUCGCUUCGGAGCCCCUUCUAGCGACGGGAACAGUAGCGGGUGCCUUGGACGCGUCUUUCUCUAACGACAGCUUGCUCGAGAUAUGGAGCCCAUCAUACUCCUCCACCGGCGCGGUGGACGCUCAACUGAAGCCAAAAGCGUCCGCCGUCGCUAGUGCCAGAUUCAAUCGUCUCGCUUGGGGUCAUGCUGGAGGCGCAAAGCCAUAUGGUUUCCUGGCUGCCGGAUUAGAGAGCGGUGAACUGGCGAUUUGGGAUGCAGACACUCUUCUCAAUGGCGGUGCCGAGUGAGUCUCUGCGUAAUUUUAGUUGCCAUGCCAUCUGCGAUCACAAGUACUAACUCGUAGCGGGUUCACGCCCCAAAUGUGCUGUAGCGCUCAAAUACUGAAGAAUACGACACACACUGGACCAAUCAAGGGACUGCACUUCAACCCUAUCCAAUCUAAUUUGCUGGCAUCUGGAGGCGUCAAUGGAGAGGUGCGUCAUAGUGUGGCCUGCUUUCUGUCGGGUGCGUUGGGACUGACUUGUAUGACCGCGCUGCAUAGAUUUUCAUCUGGGAUCUCACGAACCCCACAAAGCCAUACUCUCCCGGUGCACGUUCGUCCAAGCUGGACGAGAUCACAGCGGCUGCAUGGAACAGCCAAGUGGCUCACAUUCUGGCUACCAGUAGCGCAAGCGGUUUCACAGUCGUCUGGGACCUGAAGAACAAGCGCGAGGUCACUGCUCUUGCUUAUGGCGGAGGUGCGGCUACCUCGGGUGGUCUACCCGGCGCUGCGGGUCAACAAGGCCGAAGAGGCGUCGGAAGUGUUUGCUGGCACCCCGACACGGUGGGUAUGAGAACGAUACUCAAUGCAUUGCGGGACUUUACUCACACAACAGAACCUUUCCAUCCAGCCCACUCGUCUCGUUACUGCUUCCGACGAUGAUAGUUCUCCUAUCAUCAUGCUGUGGGACUUGCGCAAUGCGCGGGCUCCUGAGAAGAUCCUGACUGGGCACGACAAGGGAAUACUGGGAAUGUCAUGGUGCAAGCAAGACUCGGACCUUCUUCUGUCGUGUGGCAAGGAUAACAGGACGCUGGCAUGGAACCCGCAGACUGCCGAGAUUGUUGGCGAGCUCCCACCGAGCAACAACUGGAGCUUUGAUGUCCAGUGGUGCCCUCGCAACCCCUCCCUCCUGGCUACUGCUAGCUUUGACGGCACUGUUGGCAUCCACAGCCUGCAAGCCAACAACCUCGAGGCCUCCAUUAAUGAGCCCCAGACGAGCGCAGCCCCUCCUCCUGCCGAUGGCUCAGAUGUCUUCGGUCUGCCCUCGGCAAGUGAUGCCGCCCUGGGAGGACGCGGUCUCACUUUGCGCCAGGCCCCCAAGUGGCUCAGACGGCCAGCGAGUGCCACCUUCGGCUUUGGUGGCCAACUCGUUAGCAUCUCAAAUCUACCGUCUGCAACAGGCGGCACGCAAAGCUCUGUGGUGCACCUUCGCGAUGUCGUCACCGAACCUGGCAUUGUUGCACGUGCUUCUCGCCUGCAAGACGCGUUGGAAGCCGAAGGUGGACUCGCUGCAUUUUGUGACGAGCGAAGCAAGGACCCUACGACGCGCCCUGACGAUGUCGCAAACUGGAAGGCGCUGCAAACCUUGUUCACGACGGGCUCUCGGGAUGAGCUUGUGGCUUUGCUUGGCUUCAGUAAAGAGGAUGUCGCUCAAAAGGUAGGCGCUGCAAUCAACGCAUACAAGCGGACGAGCGUACACCCUGGCAAGGGCGAUCUACCUUCCGUUAGCUUUGCGAGCGCCGAGACCGAGGCUGGCGCUGCGGUAGAUGCUCCUGUGCCCUCGACUGCCGCCACAGCUCCGAGCGAGACGACUACGGCACCGUCUGAAGCCGACGAUGUCAGCGAAGCUGCGAAGUUGUCGUCAGGAGAGACUGCUCCGACUGAGCAGACUGAAGUCAGCUUGUUUGGCGAUGACAACGUCGGCCCCGGCACGCCAGGUGCAGCAGCGGGAGCAGACUUCUUCAACAAUCUUGGUGCAGGCACCGCGCCCCGCUCGGCUUUGCCGGAGCAUCUGCUAGCUUCUGGAUCUGCCGUUCCGUCCGCAAGCUCUGUUGCAGCUACCGCGGGAUCUCCGGGACCCUCUAGUGUAGCAAGCGAACCUCUUGGCGCACCGAGACCAACAUUCCGCAUAUAUCCUGCGGAAGAAGGCGAAGGAGAGCGUCUGAUCACCCGAGCGCUCGUACUGGGCGACUUUGAAAGCGCUGUCAGCCUUUGCUUGUCAUCUGAUAGGUUUGCGGACGCACUGUUGCUUGCCGCCCGCGGCGGUCCCGAUCUCCUUGCGCGCACCCAAAAGACGUACUUCGAAAGGCGCACUACUCAGCUUCCUUACUUGCGCCUCUUCCAAAGCAUCGUCUCUGACGACCUUACGGACGUCGUUCAAAAUGCAGACCUGGCAGAUUGGCAAGAGAUAUUCGUAGUACUUUGUACCUUCGCAAAGGGCGAAGAAUUCGGUAACCUUGCGGAACAGCUUGGGCAACGCUUGGAAUUCCAGUACACGCGCUCAAGGACUAAGGCGCUGCGCAAGAAUGCUAUCUUGUGUUAUCUAGCGGCGGGCAAGUUGGAAAAAGUUGCAGGCAUGUGGAUCGACGAGAUGAAAGAAGAAGAGGCCGCCAUCAGAGCCGGAGGCGCUGGUGCCACAGCUGAUGGUAGUGCGCACUCAGCUCACGCCGAAGCGCUCCAGACUUUCAUUGAGAAGAUCACUGUUUUCCAAGCUGCGGUCGGCUACGUUGACAUCGAUUUGACAACGCCCACACAGCCCGGCGCGGACAGCAAUGCACGCGUCUACAAGCUGGCAAGCUUGUACGAUCGAUUCCACGAAUAUGUUGCGCUCUUGGCGGAUCAGGGAUUGCUCGAGCCUGCUUUGAAAUACGCUGCUCAGACGCCUGCUGACUACAAUCCGAACGGCGCUGCAACAAGCUCAGCGCGCGAGCGGCUAUUAUCCGUCGAUCAAGCACGCACUGGCGGAAGAGCUGCAGCAGCGGCAGCUGCUGCGAUCCCGACUACGUCGCAAGGCAACUCGAGCGCUUACAGCAACGGGGUAGUGGGUGGCGCAAACGCUUACGCAGCUUCCCCGGCCUACGCUGCUCCGGCUGUCAAUAGCUACUCUGCUGCGCCGGCUACAAACAACUAUGCUGCUCCUGCUUCAGCUAAUUACGACGCUUACGGACCUUCGGUUGGCGCUCAGUCGGACCCAUAUGGUGCUCCAGCGCCAUACGGCGCGUACAAUGCCCAGGCUCCUAGUGUAGGAGUGCAGAAUGCUUACGGCGCCUAUGGUCAGAACAACUCAGCUUACGGUGCAGCACAACCCUUGGUACCGCCACCUCCGCCGUUUGUCGACGCCGGCGCGAGCCAGCAAGGAUCAGCACCUGGAGUCAACAUUCCUCCGCCGCCCUUUGCUGGCAACUUCGGGACGGCCGCAGCACCACCCCCGCCUCCUAAGCGAGUCACUGCGGAGGGAGGCUGGAACGAUGCCCCCGUUGUAGCUGCUCGACGCGGAACGCCCUCCGUGCAGGGCAAGGUGUCAGCACCCAUCACCUCGCCAUUCCCCAACAGCCCCGCUCCCUCAUACGGCGCUCCUCAGCAAGGCGGCGCCCUGCCUCCCCCACCUCGCGGCGCCACUCCAGGCGCUGGCGGACCACCUCCCGGCCCAGGAAGAGGUGCAUUCAGCCCUCCGCCUCGCGGCGGUCCUCCUGGUCAGGCUCGUCCUCCUCCCGCAGGCCCGCCGAGAGCGGGAUCGGCUGCUGGCACGCGAGGACCUGCGCCACCUUCGGGUGCGUAUGCCCCUGCUCCUGGUGCAGUCAAUGCUCCUCCUCCACCUAUGCCUGGUCAAGGCGGCCCUCUGCAACCUGGCCUCAAUCCGCAACAGCAACAGCAGCAGCGCGGCUUCCCUGGACAGCAGCUACCGGCACAAGGAGGACAGUAUGGUGCCCCGCCUGGCGCUAGACCACCUCCACCCUCGCAAGGUGGACCUCAAGGUGGGCCUUUGAUGCCGCCAGGUGGCGUUCCACCCCGCGCGCACACUCCUGGCGCGGGCGCGGGCGCCCCUCUCAGGUCGCAGACUCCUGCGAAGCCGGCCACCAAAUACCGUGAGUUCAAUCCAUUGGUGAAGUUUGCACAAGAAAUCCGCUGACAGCUUUCCUUGCGACGCUCAGCGCCUGGCGACCGGAGCCACAUCCCUGAUGCGCAGAAGCCCGUGUUCAAUGUGCUUUCGCGCGAGCUGGCGCGUGUACGCGCUACUGCACCACCGGCGCAGAAGAGAAUGGUCGACGACGCGGAAAGAAGGCUGAAUUUGCUCUUUGAUCAUCUAAACUGUGGUACUGUGGAUGCUAGGCUGCUGCCCAUCCUUUCGCAACUGAUACAAGGUCAGCACUCGUCGCCACCGUGUCAAGCCUCAGGUGACGUUGGCUAACCCUCCUCUCGUGCCUCUUGCAGCCAUCGAUGCGAGGAAUCAGCCCGCGGCGCUCAGCUUGCACUUGGAAGCCGCUUCGAUGGCCACCGGAGAGCUGGGUGCUGCCAUGGUUGGUGUCAAGCUUUUGAUCAGUCGACUGAAUGCGUGA